GAAUUUGAAUUAUAUAUUUUUUUUUAUUAUUAUUCUAAACAGGGUUUUUUAUGAUUUAGCAAUUUUUUCUCAACAAUCAAUCAGCUGAUAUUAACCAUUAAUCAACCACUAAAGAAAAAAAAUGAUAUUAAUUUAAUGAAUGAAUAAAUAAAUGACGCCCUUUUGAUUGACAACCACAUUGAUGUCUGUUGUUUUUAUCUUGGGUUUUUUUUAAACACUAAUUUUCCUACAGCAAAAUCACAUCCAGAACAAUAAUAAUAACGACGACAAAAAUAUUUUUUUCUAUUUGAUGAUAUUCUUUCUCUGUGAAUCCACCUCAUUAUUAUUAUUUUUUUUUUUUUUUUUGGUUUAAUCAGUUCAUUAUAACCAUCGAUCGCCUUUGUACCUGCCAUAGCUGAGUUUGUGUGAGUGUGUGUGUGUUACCUGUGAUACCUGGAAUUUUGUUUUUUUAUUUAUUUGUUAUUUAUCCACUUCAAAAAUCAUUUCUAUUAUUAAUCACUAAAGCGAAAAAAAAGAAAAUUUUAUUUAAACUACUAUAUACGUGCCUCCUUCGAUGCCUGAGUGAUCAUAAUUUGGUGUGUGUGUGUGUUUGUGUAAUCAGCUAUCCACCCGUGAAGUUUCAUAUAUUGAUAAUGAUGAUGAUGAAUCAUACCAUGAUAAUUACAAACGAAAAAUCUAACAUGUCGGCCAUUAACAAUGACAUUGAUGACCAACAACAAAAACAGCAACCAUUGACGGUGAAUGAGAAAAUGGAUGAUGAUAAUGAUAAUAAUAAUAAUGUACAACCGAUAGCGGAAAAGGAUUCUUCUUCAUCAUCUAAAAUGAAUGUUGAGUAUGAGUGCAAAAUUGAUAAAAAUGACGAAAUUGUUGAUGAUUUGGAAUGUGAAAAAAUUGAAUCUUUGAUACAAACAUUGGAUCAAAUCGAGCUAGAUUCAUUACCAUCUGUUGAUGAUGAUCGAUCUGAACAUGAUUCGAUAAAUUGUGCAAAUAAUAAUACGAUGAACGUAGUGGUGGAUGAUCUCAAAUCAGUCAACAAUAAUGAUAAUUUCGAAGUACCACAAAUGUUGGAAAUUGAUGAGAAAAUUAAAAAUGAAGAAACGUCUUCUACAGUGGAGAAAAUUGUUGAAAUUCCAAAACCAAGAGAACGAAAAUCAAAAUGUUUGUCGAUUAACAAAAUUGAACAACCAAUUGAAAUACAAUCUGAAAAAAUGUCAUCAUCAUCCACAAAUAAGACAAAAGAUUAUCCAGAUGAUCUUAAUCCUUUUGGUGAUGAUGAUGAUGACGAUGAUACGAAUGUUGUAGAAAUUCAUGAACCAUCUGGACUCAAAACUGUGAUUAAAAUUGAACAUUAUCCGGCCGAUCUAAAUCCAUUUGGUGAUGAUAUUGAUAGUUGCAAAGUUGAAAUUUCCAAACAAAAUUCUAGUUCAUUAAAUCCAUUCGGAUCAGAUGAUGAAGAUGAAGAACCAAUUGUUAAAUCAAAAAUUUUAAAUCAUCAUUCACCAGAACAACGACGAUCAUCAUUGAACACCAUUGCCACCAUCAUCAUUGUCGAAUAA